ACAAUUCAAACCAGUUUUUAGAAUGCGUGAUACUCCGAAAGAAAAUAAGCAAAACCUAUGGAUUUCUCUACUCAAUGAAGUGCAGUUGAAUAGACGAAACGCUUAUGGAACAGUUGAAAGUCCUGAUAAACCACAAUUAAUCAUUUUAGGCAGUGAAUCGACUGGGAAAACACGUCUUGUUGGAUGUAUAAGUAAGGAUAAAGAUAUGAAUUGUGGUAUUGGAUUGGAUUAUCACUUUUUAAAUCUUAAUGAAGAUGGAAGAGAAGAUACUCUGAAUAUGGGUGUAUGGUGUUUAGAUGGUGAUCCACAAUUGAGUAAUCUAUUGAAAUUCGCUUUGAAUGAAUCAAAUAUUUGGCAUACAAUGGGAAUAAUCUGUGUUAAUUAUGCUGAACCAUGGUCUAUACUGAAUGAUUUAGAAUUAUGGUUACAAAUUCUUGAACAGCAUAUUAAUCAUUUGAAAAUUACUUCAGAAGAAAUAGAGAAUUUAAAGUCAAGUAUUGUUUACAGUUUUAAAAAAUUCACCGACCCAUCAACAGUCAAAAAUGAAGUUACAAAAUCCUCUAUCGGUUUACUUCAUCAAUUAAGUCUUCAGACACCGAAUGUACUUAAAGAUCAAUUUGAGAACACAAAAUGGACGUUUAGCCCAUUACAUCCAAAGCCGAUAGAUCGUGGUGAUGGUAUUGGAGCGUUUUCUUCUUCUCUACCUCAACAUCAACACCACCAGCAACAGCAGCAGCAGCAAGAACAACAAAAACCACAGCAAACUAAAGAUGGUCAGCCAGAGAAAGAAGAAGACGAGGUAGAUGAGGACCAGUCAGAUCACAAGUCAGCGGAACGACAAACACAUGAAUGGCUUCAAAGUGUUAUCACUGACGGGGUAAUGAAUAAAAUACUUCCUAUCCCCAUCAUUAUUGUCGUUACAAAGACGGAUAUGGCUGAUCUUCUUGAAAAAGAUUUUGGAUAUACAGACGAGAAAUUCGAUUAUAUCUUAUUCAAUCUACGUAAAUUAUGUCUUGAAUGUAUCCUUUUUUCUAUCAGCUGAUUACAAUGUUUACCUUAUGUAAAAUGUUUAAUUAACUAAUUCAGGGGUUUGUGGGAGGGGGAAGGUACUUAUUUAUUCAUUAAAGGUUGAUGUUCAUCAUGGACUGAUAUAAGUUUGGAGAAACACUGAGUGUCUGUGAGCUCUGGACAGCUGCUUCUUUCAAUUGUCAGACUUCUCAUCUAUCCAGUGCUCCUCAAGUUUCUAAAUGAUAUGAAUCCAUGAUUGAUACAAACCUGAACUGGAUAAUAAUUAGGUAGUUGUAGAAAAGUUGCCUCAUCCCCCUUCUGAAAUUUAUCACUAGCAUGUACCUACCUUUUAAUGAUCAUGAGUUGAUUUCUAUUGAGCAUGUCAUCUUGAUGUCAGUUAGAGUAAGGUGGAGGAACUGACUACCAAUUUCGUCUCGGAGUGCUCAGUCGUCUGUACGUUUCGUGUAAAUUAAGGAUUUACACCAUGACUUUCUAACAACUUGAAAUUUUUUCCAAAAAUGAGUCACACUGCAACUCAGCAAUCAAGUGCAUGACUCUGCACUACAUUUAUUGUAGAUAGGGAAUCAUGUUACUACGUCACUGGUCAGACAUUCAUCCGUGGAACAGACUUCCAGCCCGUGACUUACUAGUUGAAAAUAAGGUGAGUAGUUCUGCAAUACGGUUUUUGAAUUGACUGAUGUUGAACUACCUUUGGAAACUAACUUCAUGGAAAAGAAACCUUUAACACUGUUGACCAGUGCCUUUAGGUAUUAUUGUGUGUGUAGCGAAAGAUGAUGACUGCCUUCUCCACUACAUGACUUGAAGAUGAAUUCGGAUAAUUUUGUAUUAUGUGCAUACAGUCUAUUGUUACAUCAGUAAAUAAUUUCCUUCAACUGAUUUCAAUAGGAUUUUCAUCAUGGAUUGUCAUCACUUGGAGAACCAUUGAAGACUUAAAACGACUGGACAGUUGUUUUCUCUUGGUAUGGGACUCUUGAGGAGUACGCACAGACGACUCCUCGAUGAAUCGAGCUCAGGAAUGGUGUUUCUCUCCGUGAGCACUUAUCAGUCACCCAGUGAGUUAGGAACAAAUAGUUCGCUUUAUAUUACUAUUCAAUAGACUUGAACUAUGAAGGAAUAGUCGUCCAUUGCCCCCCCCCCCCCCUGUAAACAAUGUAAUUAUAUAGUUUAUACAAGUCGAAACAUACUUUCCACUCAAGAGUUGAAAAUUGAGACUGGAUUGUUAUCUGAGCUGAAAUUCUGUUCAGGAAGCGCCUACUAAUCAAGCUAGACACGAUUGACAGUGUAACCCUGUAAGAAACUUGAACUCGAUUGGUCAUUCUAAAAAUGUAUAUGUGUGGACGUAUAAGUCCAACCUCAUUGGUCGAUAUUUUCUGUGCUUGUUCAUAUACACAAACAACUAUGUAAGUUUUCGAUCGGAGGUAUCUCCAUCGCAUCGCUCGUGUGUGAUGAAACCACCAUUUGAGCAGUCUUAAGUUAGGCAUUGAUUAGCAGGAAAGAAAAGAAAGCUGGUUGAUGAGAUAAAGUCCGAUACUAAUGACAUCAGUCUAUUAUGUCUUAAACUGUUGGUCUGAGCCAUACAGACAAGGUCAUGUUCGCUUUGACACCAUCAUUUUGCCAACUACUCUCAGUGUUUCAACUACCAUGAAGCGUUGGUAUUUGAAUUGAUACGCCUUUGUUAAAGAUUUACCAUACAUUUUGUGCAUGUGUCUGUCUGAUGCAGCGUCACUCUGUGAUGCAAUUUAACUGAUGAUGAUUUCUAACAUAAUAGUGAAUUAUCUUCCAGUCAAAACUUCAGGUAAAAGUGAUAUGUGGAUAGAACAGACUGGUCCGGGAAUGGACCAAUCAAAAUUUACUUCGUGUGAACUAUAUCUAUAGAUGGAUCACCAUGUCUUUUUUCUUGCAUCUAUCUGACAGAUGCAGAUGGACUUUCUCCUUGUUUACUAGGCAAUCAGUAGUCUUCUCUAUAUUAUUUCGGUGGGAUGGUCCAUGAACAUGAAAAUCAGUUAUCAAGCAAAGAGAUUUAACUACCGAUAGAGAAUGGGAUCUGUGAUGAUAUCUGCACGAUGACCUUUCUACACCUCACUGUGUGUUGUCAGUACAACCAUCUUUAUCGUCACCAGCAUUACAAUCCCAACAUCGAUGUUGUCUAUGUGGAGAAGAUUCGACAAAAUGCCAGGAAGAUGAUUGGAGUAAUUUGUUUGAGGUUCGGUUGGUAUCGUAUGAGUUACUGGAUGUACCAACAUGUGAGAUGAAACCAGAUAAGGGUAUGGAGUAAUGAGAUGUCUGGUGAACCGUAUGAACUUCAUUACCACUCUACCGUCUGGAUUCGGCUAAACUCGUAUCAUGCUGUAGGUGUGUUUCGCAGUCAUUGAUACUCUGGAGAUAUCUCAUUAUGUGUCUGAAUUGUGGUGUCGAAAGUGUAACGCUAUGGAUUGUGAGGCGAAAUAAUGUUGCAGUAUUGGUCGAACUCAUGUGGACCGACCUCUCUUAAUAGGAGGCAUACCUUCCAGGAAUCAUCUUAGCCAGCAAUAUCCACUUUGAAGUAGUCUUCGUAAUGACUGAACCAGUAUUCGGAAUUCUUUAUGACAUGAGGAUGAUAGUGAAAUUCAGUUGUGGUAUUGAGAAUGUGGUCAACUGACGGUGGUAUUAAAAGUGGUGUAGUAGGCAAUGAUUUUGCAGCAUACAUUUUGGAUUCCGUUAGAAUCUUAACAAUCCUCACUUGUUGUUCCAGGAAUUUGUCCAACUUCAAAGAGUCUAUUGUCCAAUAUCCUAUUCCUAUCGCGUUUCUGUCAACUGAUAGUAAGAUAUCCGGUGAUAUAAACUAGGGGACAAUAAGGAACAAGAACAACUUCCUAUAUUCUAAUCUAUAAGUAACUGCUGACAUUUGUAUGGCUGUUCAAUUGCUUUCAGAUCAGUUGUUUAAUGCAAUUCAUAGUCCGUUACCUUAACAACCAUUGUUGAUGGUAAGCCAUUAGUUUUCAGCCUAAUCUGUUCAAAAAUUAAUCCAAAUCACAUAUCCUAUCACAUGACUACUAAAAUUGAACUAUUGAAAUCACGAGAGUUUUUUUAGCCUCAUUUUAUAAUGAAUUCGUUUUUUAUUUGUCAAUAAACAAACUUUUUCCGCUCAUGUUGUUUUAACCCUGGAAGACAG